CAUAGCGACCGGGAGGUUGGGCUGGCCAGAUUCAGCUGCCGGGACCGGACCAGGUAGGAGGCAGUUCCGGCGGGGGGACCGGUCCCUGAGGUCGUGGGGAAGAGGACACGGCGCACCAUGUCCUCCGCGGAGACCCCCCGGCCUCCAGGUGCUUGCGAAAUUCCAGGGCUGAGCUAGGUGGAGCCCCAAGGGCGGGAAGAAGCCACCAAGGGAGUUGCCCCUGCGUCGGGGCGUGUCCUCGGUGUUUCCACCCGAAAAGUAGUGACAGCUGGGGCUUGCCUGCUCCACCGAGCUCCUGCGAGAGGCGUGGGCGUCCGACCCUUCUGGCUCAGCCUCCGCGAGUGCGCAAAAGUUGGGAGGCUUCAGUGCCUGGCAGUUGGUGGACGCCAAAGACCUGAUCUCUACUCAUAGGUCCACCCCAGCUCAGGCGGUGUCCCCCAGCAAACGACUUCCCUGCUCUGGGCCUCGAUUUACCCAUCUGUAAAAUAAAAGGGUGAGAUUGGAACCUGUUGGUCACUAGCCCGCCGCUAAAUUUCCUUCCAGCUCCCUGACACACUUUCUCAGCCUAUGAAGACUAUCGAAUGGGUUAUUUACCUGAGAGUGCUUUGAAAAAAUAUUCUAGGUCCAUGCCAUCCUCUCAUGAACAGUUAUACAGGUGGACCAGUAAGGCACACCUGGGCAGUGCUCUGUUCACAUCUGGCCUGCACCUCCUCUCAUCCUGCCUUCACAGGUGCUUAGGAGAACAUGCAGUAGAGCUUUUCAUCAAAUAAAUGGAACACGUUGCAGAAUUUUGCUAACAUGGACAACUCUGCACAGAAAAAUGAACGCACUGGCAAACAUCCGAGAUGUGCCAGUGAAGUACAGAAAGGUUUUACUGCUGCAUAUCCAACACAGUCCUCCAUUCCUUUUAAAUCUCCAGCUUCAGUAAUCCCAGAAUCAGAAAAAAAAGGAUUCAAUAGUCAAGCCAAGAGAUUUUCUCAUAAGAAGAAUGAUAUCCCAGGACCUGGGUUCUACAAUGUCAUUCACCAGUCACCGGUGUCCAACAGUGUCUCAUUGUCCAAGAAAGGAACUUGCAUGUUUCCCUCGAUGUGCGCCCGAUUGGACACCAUCAUUUCUAAAUACCCUGCAGCGAACGCAUACACUAUCCCAUCGGAUUUUAUUUCCAAGAGAGACUUUAGUAAUUCGUGUUCCAGCAUGUUCCAGUUGCCAAGCUUUAUGAAAGUUCUCAAAUUUGAAACUCCUGCACCAAACUAUUACAAUGCCUCUGUCUCUUGCUGCAAGCAGAGAAACAACGUCUGUGCUCGAGCCGGGUUUAUGUCAAAAACCCAAAGAGGAUCUUUCGCUUUUGCUGACAAAGGACCUCCCCCAGGGCAUUACGAUAUCAACGAAUCCCUUGUGAAGCAAUCGCCAAAUACAUUAAUGUCUUGUUUUAAAUCAAAAACCAACCGUGGAUUAAAACUGACGUCAACAGGCCCGGGACCCGGUUAUUACAACCCCAGUGAUUGCACAAAAGUUCCAAAAAAGACUCUUUUCCCGAAAAACCCCAUCCUGAACUUCUCUGCUCAGCCUUUGCCUCUGCCUCCGAAGCCACCUCUCCCGGGUCCUGGUCAGUAUGAGAUCGUGGACUACUUAGGCCCCCGCAAGCAUUUCAUCUCUAGUGCAUCAUUCGUGUCCAAUACCAGCCGGUGGACAGCGGUGCCGCCUCAGCCAGGCCUACCUGGCCCAGCUACGUACAAGCCAGAGCUCCCAGGAAAGCAAUCCUUCCUCUACAACGAGGACAAGAAAUGGAUCCCGGUGCUGUAGGGAUGUCACACAAGGUCGAGGAGAACUCCAGCCACCAGCCCACCCCGCCCAGCUUCCCCAGGACAUUCCUCAGGAGGAGACCGAUCAUGUGUGUGGCAGCUGACAGCUUGGGGGGUGGCUCUACCACUCUGGCCUGGCAUGCUAGCCGGACUGCUGCCAUUGCCUUUGUCUUCAGCUGGGGACAUUGCUCCCUGGAGACUUCACCCCAGCCCCACCGACUCCAGUGGCUUCCUGAGCAGAAGGGAGGAGUGGACAGAGCCCCCUGGCUGCUUCCCCAUGCACCCAUCCAGGCUGGCUUCCGGCACGACUCCCUGCUGCAGACUGAAGGGACUCCUGAAGCGCAGACUUCAGGGAGGAUCAGUCCACCCUGAAGGUGGCCAAGCCUGGAAGCCCCACCCUUCCCUGUUUCAUUCCUUCAUUCAUUUACGCAUUCAUUCAUUCCCUCACUCCUGCCUUUCUCAUUUGUCCCUUUCUGACCUCACUCACUCACGGUAUGUCAACUGGGUGAAAGCUACCUGCAGGCAGGUGAUGCUUUUUCCACCAGUCCACAGCUUCCUUUCUAAAGUGACCACCUGUUUGGAAA